AUCCCUGAGAGCAGGCACAUUCUUUGUUAGGGAUGAUGUCGUACCUGAAAGUAAUGAUCAUAUGGAACAUAAUUUGCGUAUCCCUGGUGAUCCUUUCACUGUCCCCAGUUCAAGAAGUGGCUUCUCAAGCAGUCUCCUGCAAAGGACGUUGCUUUGAAGUCUAUCAAAGAGGAAGAGAGUGUGACUGUGAUGUAGACUGCAAACAAUACGGAAAAUGCUGCCCAGACUACGAUGAACACUGUGAAGAAUUACACACAGAAAAUCCAGUGCCCAAGACUCCUCCCCCAAACAAAUCAACAUCUAAAAGGUCAUCUACAGAUGAGGAAAAAAAGCCAGAGGAAGAUAUUGGCACUGCGACCAGUCCUCCUCCAACUACAAAACAGCCUGAUACAAGAGCCCCAAGCAAAGCAAUUACUACUAUACCAUUUACUCAAAAACAUACUUUACAACCUACCACAAGUAUUACCACAAAACCGAAGACUACCACCCAAAAGGCUGAGGAAACAACCCCUGAAGGCACAGAGGCACCAACAACCCCAAAAGAUGAAGAGAUAACCCCUGCAGCCACUGAGGCACCGACAACUCCCAAUCCUGAGGAUAUGACCCCUGAAGCCACAGAAGCACCAAUAACACCCAAAGCUGAAGAGACAACCCUCGAAGCCACUGAGGCACCAACAACUCCCCAUCCUGAGGAUACAACACCUGAAGCCACUGAAGCACCAACAACACCCAAAGCUGAAGAGACAAGCCCUGAAGCCACGGAAGCUCUGACUACCUCCAAAGCUGAGGAGACAACCCUUGAAGCCACGGAGGCACCGACAGCACCUAAAGCAGAAGAGACAACCCCUGAAGCCACUGAAGCACCAAUAACACCCAAAGCUGAAGAGACAACCCUCGAAGCCACUGAGGCACCGGCAACUCCCAAUCCUGAGGAUAUGACCCCUGAAGCCACAGAAGCACCAUUAACACCCAAAGCUGAAGAGACAACCCCUGAAGCCACUGAAGCACCAACAACUCCCAAUCCUGAGGAUAUGACCCCUGAAGCCACUGAAGCACCAACAACCCCCAAAGCUGAAGAGACAACCCUUGAAGCCACGGAGGCACCGACAACACCUAAAGCGGAAGAGACAACCCCUGAAGCCACUGAAGCACCAAUAACACCCAAAGCUGAAGAGACAACCCUUGAAGCCACUGAGGCACCAACAACUCCCAAUCCUGAGGAUAUGACCCCUGAAGCCACAGAAGCACCAAUAACACCCAAAGCUGAAGAGACAACCCCUGAAGCCACAGAAGCUCUGACUACCUCCAAAGCUGAGGAGACAACCCUUGAAGCCACGGAAGCACCAACAACACCUAAAGCGGAAGAGACAACCCCUGAAGCCACUGAGGCACCGACAACUCCCAAAGCUGAGGAUAUGACCCCUGAAGCCACAGAAGCACCAACUACACCCAAAGCUGAAGAGACAACCCUUGAAGCCACUGAGGCACCAACAACUCCCCAUCCUGAGGAUACAACACCUGAAGGCACUGAAGCACCAACAACACCCAAAGCUGAAGAGACAACCCCUGAAGCCACGGAAGCUCUGACUACCUCCAAAGCUGAGGAGACAACCCUUGAAGCCACGGAGGCACCGACAACACCUAAAGCAGAAGAGACAACCCCUGAAGCCACUGAGGCACCAACAACUCCCAAUCCUGAGGAUAUGACCCCUGAAGCCACAGAAGCACCAACUACACCCAAAGCUGAAGAGACAACCCCUGAAGCCAUGGAAGCUCUGACUACCUCCAAAGCUGAAGAGACAACCCCUGAAGCCACGGAAGCUCUGACUACCUCCAAAGCUGAGGAGACAACCCUUGAAGCCACGGAGGCACCGACGACACCUAAAGCGGAAGACACAACCCCUGAAGCCACGGAGGCACUGACAACUCCCAAUCCUGAGGAUAUGACCUCUGAAGCCAUAGAAGCACCAACAACACCCAAAGCUGAAGAGACAACCCUCGAAGCCACUGAGGCACCAACAACUCCCCAUCCUGAGGAUACAACACCUGAAGUCACUGAAGCACCAACAACACCCAAAGCUGAAGAGACAACCCCUGAAGCCACGGAAGCUCUGACUAACUCCAAAGCUGAGGAGACAACCCUUGAAGCCACGGAGGCACCGACAGCACCUAAAGCGGAAGAGACAACCCCUGAAGCCACGGAGGCACCGACAACUCCCAAAGCUGAGGAUAUGACCCCUGAAGCCACAGAAGCACCAAUAACACCCAAAGCUGAAGAGACAACCCCUGAAGCCAUGGAAGCUCUGACUACCUCCAAAGCUGAGGAGACAACCCUUGAAGCCACGGAGCUACCGACAACACCCAACGCUGAGGAGACAACCCCUGAAGUCAUUGAGACACCGAAAACUCCCCAUCCUGAGGAUACAACCCCUGAAGCCAUAGAAGCACCAACAACCCCCAAAGCUGAGGAUACGAUACCUGAAGCCACUGAAGCACCAAUAACACCCAAAUCCGAAGAGACAACCCCUGAAGCCACAGAAGCAUUAAAAACACCCAAAGCUGAAGAGACAACCCCUGAAGCCACUGAAGCACCAACAACUCCCAAUCCUGAUGAUACAACAGCUGAAGCCACUGAAGCCCCAACAACACCCAAAGCUGAAGAGACAACCCCUGAAGCCACGGAAGCUCUGACUACUCCCAAAGCUGAAGUGACAUCCCCUGAAGACACAGAGGCACCGACAACCCCAAAAGAUGAAGAGAUGACCAUUGAAGCCACAGAAGCUCUGACUACCCCCAAAGCUGAGGAGACAUCCCCUGAAGACACAGAGGCACCAACAACACCCAAAGCUGAAGAGACAACUCCUGAAUCCACAGAAGCUCUGACUACCUCCAAAGCUAAGGACACAUUCUCUGACGCCGCGGUGGCACCAAUAACUCCCAAAGUCGAAGUGACUACCCCUGAAGCAACGGAGGCACCCACAACAUCUAAAGCGGAAGAGAGAACCCCUGAAACUACGGAGGCCAUGACAACUUCAAAACCUGAGGAUAUGACCCCUGAAGACACUGAGGCACCAGCAACCCCCAAAGAUGAAGAGAUGACCGCUGAAGCCACAGAGGCACCAUCCCCCAAAGCUGAGGAGAUAACCCCUGAAGCAACGGAGGCCUCAACAACUCCCAAAGUCAAAGUGACUACCCCUGAAGCAACGGAUGCUCUGACAACACCCAAAGUGGAAGAUACAACACCAGGAGCCACUGAAGCCACAACAGCCCCCAAAACUGAAGAGACAAUCCCUGAAGCAACAGAGGCCCCAACAACCCCUAAAGUGGAAGAGACAACCCCUGAAGCAACGGAGGCUCCGACAGCUCCCAACGCUGAGGAGACAACCCCUGAAGCCAUUGAGACAUCAAAAACCCCGACAGUUGAAGGAACAACCCCUGAAGCCGUGGGGGUCUCAAUAACCCCGAAAGUCAAGGAGACAACCCCUGAAGCCACAGAUGUCCCAACAACCUCAAAAGCUGAGGACACAACCCCUGCAGCCACAAAGGCUGUGACUACCCCAAAAGCCGAAGAGACAACCUCUGCUGGCACAGAGGCCCCAGCAACCCACAUAGUUGAAGAGUCAACCCCUGAAGCCACUGAGAUACUAACUCCUAAAGCCAAAGAGACAACACCUGAAGCCACAGAGGCACCAACAACUCCCAAAGUCAAGGAGACAAUGCCCGUAGCCACAGUGGCCUCAAUGACUCCCAAAGCUGAAGAGACAACCCCCAGAGACAAAGAGACUGCAUCCUCCAAAGUUGCACAGACAACCCCUGUUGCCAUAGAGGCACUGACAACCUCAAAAAACGAGAAUCCAAUCACUGAGGCCACAGAUCCCCUAACAACCCCUGAAACCAAAGGGACAACCCCUAAAGGCACAGAGAGACCAACAACACCUAAAGCUGAACAGAUAACCCCUGAAGCCUCUGAGGCACCAACAACACCUAAAGCUGAGGAGACAACCCGUAAAGCCACAGAGGCACCAACAACCCCUAAGGCUGAGGAGACAACCCCUAAAGCCACAGAAGCACCAACAACCCCUAAAGCUGAGGAGACAACCCGUAAAGCCACAGAAGCACCAACAACCCCUAAAGCUGACGAGACAACCCCUAAAGCUACAGAAACACCAACAACCAAGGCUGAUUCUCCCACCACCCCCAAAGCUGAGGAUAAAACUGCUAGUGCCACAAAGGUGCCAACAACCCUCAAAGAGAAAGAAAUACCUAAGUCCACAAAUGCUUCAAUAUCCCUUUCUGACUCUGCCACCAUUCCUAAAGUUGAACUAUCUACACCUACAGCCACAAAUGUUAAACAAGGUACAACUACUACAUACAGCAAACAAGUAAGUACAACUGAUAAAAGUGUCAGAACAACAGCUAAGCCUAUUACAACCCCUGUAACCAUAGGGACCUCAACUAAAAAAGAAACAACCACAGAGAAAAAGGAAGUAACAACACCCAGGAAAGAGAAAACUACCAUGCUUAAAGACAUUUUGAAAGACACAACUAUGGUAACUAUUUCAGAUACAACUCCUGCACCCAAUCAAGCUGUUACUACAACAGCUGAAUUAGAAGCAACUACUACAUACAAAAAGGCUGCAACAGCUACAAAAGGAGAAGCAAUCCCAGCUACACAAGACAAAACUCCCAUACCAAAAGAGACUUCACCAUCAACAGCUAAAAGAGAAGAACAUGCUGUGGGAACCAUGACCGUAACAAUAUCAGCAGCUACAAGCAUUAUACACAAGCCCACUAUGCUGUCAACAACUGCCAAAACAGAUUCAACUCCUAAACCCAGGGAGAUUGUGACAAUGACUAGAAGAGACACAACUACAGAAACUACACAGGCUGCACCAGCAGUUGCUGAGUGCAUCAUUCCCUCUAAAGAGACAACAGCUAGUGAAAAAGAGAUGAGCACCCUUGCCAAGGAAACUAGCUAUACUACUGAAAAAGAAACAGAAGACGCCCCUGAAAAGUCCCCUAGCCUUGACAAGAAAGAAGAAACUACAGUGAAUGGAGGUAGAAAAACAACAGAUAAAAAAGACAUAAUAGAAGAAAUGUUUCUUAUUUCUAGAGGGAUAUCCAAGCCAACUAUACAUUUCCAGGAGAUUACUGACACACAUGAUGAGCCUUCUCCAUCCAGCCCUGAAACCAUGCCAGUAGAAAAACCUGAGAUAAGCAAGCCUUUGAUACAAACUGCAGACAUGCCAAUUUUAUCUGGAGGAGCAGAAAUGGAGAAGGCUGAUGAGAAGGACUUGUGCAGCGGGAAGCCGGCGGAUAGCAUGGUUGCCCUGCCCAAUGGAACCCUGGCUGUCUUCAGAGGUCACUACUACUGGCUGCUGAAUGGCAGGACCCCGCCAACAACCAGUCCCCGCCGGAUCAGUGUGGGCUGGGGCAUCCCAUCCCCCAUUGAUGCUGUCUUCUCCAGGUGCAACUGUGAUGGCAAGACUUUCUUCAUCAAGGGUCCUCUAUACUGGCGUUUCACUAAUGGUGUAAUGGAUAAAGGCUAUCCCAAACCUCUCACAAAUGGAUUUGCAGGGCUAAGUGGGAAAGUAAGGGCAGCCCUCCCAGUAGCAAGUUACAAUAGCAGACCAGAAUCUGUUUAUUUUAUCAAAAAAGAUGGCAACAUGCAACAGUAUGUAUACAGGCAAGAACCAGCCAAGAAGUGCCAACAGAAAGCACGCAUUACCAUAAGAUACCCAGCUUUUGUCCCAAGACUUGUAAUAAGGAGACGCUUUCAACGUGCAGUAGGAAUGCCAGCAGUUAUUCAGACUGUCAGAAUCAAUCCAUACCAAUCUGGAGUUUUGCGCAAGGAAAUCAAAGUGACUGCCUACUGGAGAGGGCUCCCCAAAGUAAUUCAUUCGACGAUAUCAGUACCCAACUACAAUAAGCCAGAUGGCUAUGAUUAUUAUGCCUUCUCUUACAAUCGGUACUACAGUUUGGAUGUGGGCAAAAGAACAGCAAGACCUGUUACCGCCCUCACGGGAAAGACUGUAUCUAAAGACUGGUAUAACUGUCCUGAAAAAUGA